AGUAGCAAUAGGCAUUUUACAAAUGGAUGCACUAUAUUACUUGAAGUCCGUAAUUAACAUCUCUACCCUAGCAGACUGUAGAACUCUCUGGCAGGCCACUUCUCUCUCCCGCUUCCCGGCCUAGCUUUUCCCUUCUCUCUAAUCUUUCAAUUAUUGAGGCUGCUAUGGGUGGGGAGAGUUCAACAGGUGUUGUCCGUUCGACUGGCUUGGUCAUACAUUUUCAAUGUCAAAGCCAGAAACUAGGUUUUCAUAUUAAUCCUAUUAAUUAAAUUAAAAGUAAUGUCUGCUGCAUCUGGUGAAUCUGUGAGUGGACCAAGAUUUGAAAUAAGUGACCGUGGGAAAGAAAUAAUCGUGCAAUUGUUAGAAGAUAGAAGGAGACUUGAAGAGUUAAAAACUCAUAUAAAUCAACUUCGGAUGGAAUUUGAUGGGGGAGUUGAACAAAAGACCGCUAUCUACCAAGCGGAAAGAGAACGUCAUAAGUUAACAGACAAAGAGGGAAAAAAGGAGGACAAACUAGCGAAUGAAUUUGACUUGUCGAAUGAGAUUAUACAAGAUAACGAUGUUUUACGAUCUUUCGUACCUGAGUACUUUCCGCAGUAGUCAGUGGGGGACAUAGGGGGCUUGGUGGGAGGUGCCCCAUGCUUCCCAUACUUAUGAUAUAAUUAGUACCCCUAUCUGAAUAAAAAGAUAUAACAGUUGGAUAAGAGAAUAAUUCUGUCAAAGAGCAUAUGAAAAUUGUUGUGAGUUAUGUAAACGAUCACGAAAUUGCGAUGGAGAAAUUCAUUGCAGUUAGAUAUGUUGUUGACAAUGUCAGUGCACUUUCUUUGAAAGGUUUCAUUGAUCGUUUUUAAUAAAUUAAUAUGAACUAGAUUUUUCACCCGUGCUUCGCACGGGAUGCAAU